GAGGGGAGCAACAUCCUCCAUCUGGCGGCCUUGGGUGGCUUGGACCGAGCCUGUGAUUUGCUGCUGCAGCGCGGUGUAAGGUUUGCACAGGAGCAGGUGCGCGCCGUGCUCGAACCGCAGCGCUGGACGCUGCUGCGGCGGCUUUGGCCCGAGGGCGCCACGAAGUCUUUGCCAGUCCAUGAGGCGUUCAAGCAGGUGCUCGACGAAUGCGGCUCAGAUCCCAAAGUGGUGGCCGUCUGUGCCGGGGUGGGUGCCCUUCGGCCGACAUCGCUUGCAGCGUUGAUGGACGAUGCCGAAGCAAUCAAGCUCCUUGCUGCCACGGACAUAUCGGAGGAUCCCCUGCCAGGUGCGAGUCCGUCGGCCCUGAUGUGGGCCCAGUGGUCCAGUUCGCAGCAAGCCGCCAGGGCCAUGCUUGACGCGGGUGUAACUCUGAGCAAUGCAGACCUGGAGGGACUUCGACGCCUGGGACGGGCCCGACGCCAGUCGCAGGAUAGCAAGACCGGCAGCGAUGCACCUUCUGCAGCUGCACGCCUUCUCGAUCCCAGCGAUUGGAGCCUCCUACCCCAGGCAGUGCAGCACUUUGCCGGUGCCACUCCUUUAUCCCGACUGCAAGACCUACGAGAGAAGAUGCUUUUCGGCAUCAGCGAAGUGAGGCCAGCAGAUGCACCGGCAAUCGGAGGCCUGCUGCCUGUACCGAUGCAGCCUCCAGCCUUGACGCGCGUCACCUCCAUCUCAGCCGAGCAGGAAGAAGCCGCAGCCAAGGAGGAAGUGGCUGCCACUGCAUUGUUGGACUUGCUGGGCCCCGCCAAGGCCAGCAUCAUCCGCUUCUUGGUGCAGCGAGAGAUCGCACAAGGUGAGGGCAGGUCGGGGCUGUCAGCCAUCCACCUCCUUGCGCUGCACGCCGCCGCGACCUUCGUGGACGUCCAUGCGCAGUGCCAGCUCUACAUGCCCCUCCUGAAAUCCGCCCUCGGCGCGCUGCCCAGUGCCCGGGGCCCCUGCUACCGCGCCGUCAUGCGGGGUUCCAGCAAGGAGGCCCCGUCCUUGAGGCAGUUCUCCCUGGGAUCCGUGGUCCAAUGGCCCGCCGCGACCGCCGGCACCUUGGACUUCGGCGCAGCCAUGGCUGCCCU